GUUACAUGUGAGUUUGUGUUGUUAGCCGGCUGUGACCUGAACAGAGCAGUCUAUUUAAGAAGCACUUUCUAGAAGCAGCGACAGAACUGUCUUCUUGUUCUUGUUCUUCCGUCCGAUUAAUCAGUAGAGUUAACAGACAUGGCUAGAGGAAGCCGCAGUCGUCCCUCAGCAGCCAGCCCAGCUCCAUCUCAUGCUCCAGCCCCAGCUCACCCACCUCCUGCCGCCCUGGCGCCAGCUCCGGCUCAGUCCCAGGGACCUGGCCUCAUGGCCCAGAUGGCUACCACAGCUGCUGGUGUGGCAGUUGGCUCAGCUGUUGGCCAUGUUGUUGGCAGUGCCCUCACAGGAGCAUUUAGUGGGGGUAGCAGCAGCAGUUCAGAGCCAGCCAAGCCUACAUAUCAGGAGGCCCCCCGACCUGCCCCAGCUCAGCCAGGCCCCUGUCACUUCGAGGUCAAGCAGUUCCUGGACUGUGCUACCAGCCAGACUGACCUGAGUUUAUGUGAGGGCUUCAAUGAGGCGCUCAAACAGUGCAAGUACUCCCACGGUGUGACAUCACUGGUAUGAAGGAUAUGUAUCAGCUGUCAUGACAACAAUGACACACAAGAUAACACCAAAAUCCAAUUUCUGUACCUCAGGCAGUGAGCAUGUUGGUUUUGUUUGUUUUAAUGACUGGCGACUGUGUAAUGUAUGAAAUGCUUUUGGUUAUAUACAGUAAUAAAGCUUUAAUAAACAGCUGCUAUCUACUUGCA